CUCGGACGCUGAGUGCAUAACUCGAACUUCUGGCCAUGCUUUUCGGACGCGUCGUCCCCAAGCUUGUGUUCGCGUCGUCGUUGGUAGGACUUGGACUUGGAUUUGGAAAGCUCGUAAGUGCGGCUCGGUUGGUCGAUUUUCAGGUUGCGCAGCCGCCGCCUGUGCCGGAGGAUGCGAAGACGUGUGAGGUGGAGAUUUUAGAACAUACGUUCGGAAACUCGUAUGGAAGUCCUGCGAUCGUGUCAUUCACCCCUCCGACCGACUGUGGCGAAGUCGGCUCUUGGGCGGGUAUAACACUCAAUUUGACCGUCACUUCCAAUGGGACGCAGUACGAUAGGCUGGGGAUAAUGACUUUUCAGAAUGUCGAGAUAUGGCGCACGUCGACUCCGGAGCCUGUGUCGGGAGAUGGGAUUAUAUGGACGUAUGUGAAGGACGUGACGCGUUAUCUUCCGUUGUUUGCGACGGACGGGACGUUCAUCUUCGAGCUGGAUAAUAUCCUGACAGAUGUGGAUACGGGACAAUAUGCGGCUACAUUGUCGGCCACUUUCUACGAGUCUUCGUCGGAAUAUCAUACUGCAGCCCACUCCGACCUGAUCAUCCCACUGUCCACUUUGUCGAACAAUACAGGGAACGACGCGUCUGUUCCCCCUGCCUUCUCAAUAAAUGUCACUGUGCCUACAAAUGCGAUAACUGCGUAUGCUGAACUAUACGCGUCUGGAAACAGUGAGGAAGAGUUCUGGUAUUACAACGUCGCCAACGACUACCUAUCAGAUCUACCAUCCGGAACGACAUACGGCGAUGGCCCCUUCCGCGAAGUCCGUAUCCUCGUCGACGGUAUGGUCGCCGGCGUAGCCUUCCCUUAUGCAGUCAUUUUCACGGGCGGAAUCGUCCCUGCUGCUUGGAGACCCAUAGCCGCCUAUGGCGCGCUCGACCUCCCGACACACUUCCUCGACCUAACUCCCUUCAUUCCUAUCCUUACCGACGGUUCCCCACAUAACAUAACCCUCGACGUCGUCUCCGCCGAAUCCAACCACACCAUCAACUCGAACUGGUACCUCUCCGGCCUUCUCCAGAUCGAGCUCGACUCCACAGACACGCCUACCACGGGAAACAUCACGAAGUACGAGGUGGAAGAGUAUGCGCAGGCGACGAGCGGGGGGAGUGUAAGUGCGAGUGGCGAUUUGACGGUCACGGUUGGGGCUACGAGGAGCGUCAGGAUUGAGAGUGAGAUUUGGACGGGGAGUGGGGAUAAGGUGGAGGUUGUGUUUAAGCAGGAGAUGCAGUUUGAGAAUGUGCAGAGUUAUGUGAAUAAUGCGUCGAUUCAGAUCGUGACACAGACGAGCAAAGGGUCCAUCUCGUCGACGCAUAAUGGCGUGCAAGUUCUCAAGGAUGACUUCUCGUACCCACUCUGGGCGAAUCUUACCUUUUUGACUCCGGACGAAGAUAAUUUCACCGCCACGAUUGAUCACUCGUACGAGCGUUCUCUCCUGCCGAGUCCUUUCAUUCUUGGCAGCGACAUCCAAGAACACCAGAUCGCAGGUGGCACCUACCACCUCGCCUCGACAGGUAACACCGGCUCCCAAGGAAUCAGCAACAACACGUUCUCCUACUCCGACGACGCCGGGAACACGUACAGCAGACAAGUUGGCGCGUACGAGUACAAUAUCACGUAUGAUACCCAGAGCGGAAGUCUGGCAGCUGCAGAGGGUGUACCCACGUAGGUCUAUGAGGGAAUAUGAAGGUCGUCAGUGUGUCGAAAGAGGUGGUUACUUAUCUCGCUCAAAUAUUCACAUCUU